AUGACUGGACGCGGCAAGGGCGGCAAAGGCCUCGGCAAGGGUGGUGCUAAGCGCCAUCGCAAGAUCCUCCGCGAUAACAUCCAGGGCAUCACCAAGCCCGCAAUCCGACGUCUUGCUCGCCGUGGCGGGGUCAAGCGUAUCUCUGCCAUGAUAUACGAAGAGACGCGUACCGUCCUGAAGACAUUCCUAGAAGGCGUCAUACGGGACGCGGUCACAUAUACAGAGCACGCCAAGAGGAAGACCGUCACAUCUCUGGAUGUCGUCUAUGCCCUGAAGAGACAGGGCCGCACUCUUUACGGAUUCGGCGGCUAG